AUGGAUCCGAAAAUACAAGAAUUGUUGGCUGAGCUCGAGCGAGAAAGAGCUGAACUUGAUCAAGAAAGACAAAGGCGUCAAGACGCGGAAGCUGAGGCGAGAAGCGAAAGAAGGCGGCGUGAAGAAGAGCAACAACGACGUGAAGAAGAGCAACGACGACAUGAAGAAGCAGAAGCUUUGGCUGCGAGCUCGGAGUCAUCAACACUGCCUCUGUUUUUACAUGCCUGCCAUGAAUUGUUAGUCGCGAUCGAGAUCGUGACAGACCCUACUCGAACCACUCAAGGCGCGGUUACGAGACUGACAAAUCGGAGGGUUCCAUCUCGCAUCACAUUGUGGGACACAUUCACUGAGGAGCAAAUGAAGGCGGCUGAUUUGAACCCGGGUGAUCAGCAGUCAUCCGUUGAACCCAUGGUCGGGACUGAAUCAAGUACCGGAAAGAGAAUGGGCAAGAAGAAUAAAACAAAGAAAAAAAAGAUCACAAUGAUCAUGGGAGGACAGGCAGAUCGAUUCUGCAUCUAUCAUCAGAAUGGUGAUGAGCACAUCCCAGCGCUCACUAUCGAGUACAAGGCACCCCACAAGCUCACUCGGGAUGAAAUUGUGGGAGGGCUGGCUCAGGACAUUCAUCCUUUCAAAGAAGUAAUUGAUAAGAACUCAGAUGAUUCUGAUUUCUGCUUGAAGCAGUUAGUCACUGCCAUCAUCACACAGUUGUUCUUCUACAUGGUUGUCAAGGGAGUCUGGUACAGCUAUGUUUGCACCGGAGAAGCCUUUAUCUUUCUGUACAUUCUUGACAAUCCAUCAUCCGUCAUGUGUUCCGUCUGUACUCCCAGUCUAGAUGUUGAAGAAAUCAAUGAUGACAGUCUCCAUUUAACUGCCGUCGCUCAGGUCCUAGCAUUUAUCUUAAGAGCUCUAGUGUCCCCUUCUGUGCUGCAAGAAUGGUAUGAUGCCGUCGCGGAACUUGGCAUCUGGCCGGUUGAAUACUCGGAUAUCCUGGAGCAAACACCUCCAACUGCUCGGCAGAAGCAUGCCUCACCUCUGUAUUGCGGCCGACACCCUUCCAAGCUUCCUCCUUUUCAGAUGACAUUACAACCCAGAUGCCGGCCACACACAGAUAUUGUACCUCGAUCAAGAAGCCCUUCCCCCUCAAUGUCUCCGCCUCCAUCUCCAUUGUCGCCAUCCGCACGCCGUGGACGAACUGUAAACGCUCGAGCCCGCUCUAACCCAGAUCAAAAAUCUAGUAAGAAAGCGCAAUUCAGUGAAGACAGUGAUGCCAAUUGGAUAGACCAUGCUGCUGAACCAUCAAAGAUCAAAAGCCAACCUUACUGUUCGCAGCAGUGCUUGCUGGCUCUACAAGAUGAUGGUCCGCUGGACACCUCCUGCCCGAACUAUCUAGCUCACCUUAAGCGACGGAUCCAAACAGCGGAGUUUCAUGCUCUUAUCCGAGAGCAGCUCUCCAGGGACCGUGGCCCGGAUGCCAGCUGUCGCCCUCUCUACAAGAAGGGAAGUUGUGGGGCAGCAUUUAAAAUCCAUCUUUUGUCGCAUGGCUACACUCUACUUGCAAAGGGCGUCGAACGCAACAAUUCACAUAAACUCGAACAUGAAAAUGAAGUAUACCACAGGCUUCACGAUAUUCAAGGCGACUACAUUCCGGUUUGUCUCGGGAUUGUUGUGCUUGACUCAAAAUACCCGUAUUACUAUGACGAGGGAGUUUAUACCCAUAUGCUCCUUUUGAGCUGGGCGGGAAAGCCCAUCUCGGAAGUUAUGAAAUCGGAUAAUUCGGCAUGCGUGAUUGAGAUGACAUCACAGUCUCUUCAAGCGAUUCACCUUGCAGGUGUACUGCACGGUGAUGUCGAGCCACAAAAUAUUUUAUGGAAUGAGGACUGCAAUCGCCCUAUGCUUGUAGAUUUUGAACGAGCUGAGAUGCGAAAUGCGCUAUCUGCUAUAUCACUGAACCUCGGGCUAAAGAGGAGAAGGCUUGGGAAGAACAGAUCUACCUUUUCUAAAGAACUUUCAAAAGCUCAGAUCAGCCUGGAGCGCUGUAGGGAAUUGCUCCGUCGGAAUUCCGCCUCAAAGUUCAAGGAAUAG